GAUGGACACCGUGUGAUGUGCUGGUACGAAGGUGUCAACAUGUCUGCAGAGAGGGAUGAGUGGGUACCGGAGGAACAGGAGACUGUCACCAGCAAACUGCAGCGUAAAAUAAAGCAGUCCCCCCUUGUCCCAGUGGGUCUGGCUGGCUUUUUUGUCAUUAUUGCUUAUGGACUUUACCGUCUGAAACAAAGGGGCAACAUUAAGAUGUCUGUCCACCUGAUUCAUACACGAGUCGCUGCCCAGGCCUGCGUUGUAGGAGCUACGGCUCUGGGGACAACCUACACAAUGUACAAGGAGUACAGACAGCGGCAGAAGGCGGAGAGGGAGGCCAUGCAACGAAUUGAAGGAAACCCUACAAAGGAAUAGACUAUGCAACCAGCUACAACACCGAGAGCCAACACUA